UCGAGGGUCCUUUUAUCUGUCGCAGGUCUCUCUAUGUGUCUCACAGUGUUAGGCGUUUGCGCAGCUCGAGCUCGAUUCGUGCUCCCUCACCGGCGUCUCCGCUGCGGCGAGAACCGAAGAAAUCGAGCCGGCAAACCGCGACAAUGACCGACUAUGAGCUGGAGCAGUCGAUGGAAAUUGAAGCAUUGGAAGCUAUACUUAUGGAUGAGUUUAAAGAGAUUCAUCCCAGCGAAAGUGGGUUAAAUACAUCCAAUAAAUGCUUUCAAAUCAGUAUAUCUCCACAGGAAGACGAUUUAGACGAGCCAACAACUACACCAGUUCAGCUGGCCUUGAUAUUCUGCCACACAGAAAGAUAUCCAGAUGAACCUCCACUGCUAAGUACCAAAAGUUUACGUGGAAUACCAAGUGAAGAUCUUAGGACAUUGAAAGAAAUGCUCCAACAAGAGGCAGCUGAAAACCUUGGAAUGGCUAUGGUAUACACUCUUGUUACAUCUGCAAAAGAGUGGUUGUCGGAAAGAUUUGGUCAAAAGGACAGCACUGAGGACCUCAAAGAAGAGGCAGCAAAGGAUGAGAUAGUUGUGCCCCAUGGAGAACCAGUCACUGUGGAUACGUUUCUUGCAUGGAGAGAAAGGUUUGAAGCAGAGUUGGCACUAGAGCGAGCAAAGCUAAUGCCUGAGUCUGCACUCACGGCAACCAAGGAAAAAAGGCUCUCUGGAAGACAGUGGUUUGAAAGUGGAAGAGCGAAAGGUGCAGCCGCGGCUGCCGAGGAAUCUGAUGAGGAGGAUGAGGAAGAUAUUGACUUUGAUGACGAUGAUUUUGAAGAUGAUGAAGACGACAUGCUGGAGCACUAUCUGGCCGAGAAAUCAGAUUCAUCCGCUCAUUCGUCUAGGAGAAUGAGCUAAACCUAAAGUUGCUGGGGAGUCAUGAAUUAUCUGAACAGAAGUACCUUUUUGCACGGCCUUGUACUUGCUCAUUCAACACUAGUUAUUUCUUGAGGCUAGCCCCACAAUUUCGCUGCUCGGCAUUAGGUUAUGACAUGAGAAGAAAUCUGGUAGCAGAUAGGGCGAGAUUAGGCAGAUGAUGGGUUCCCUUUUCAUUUUUCGUCUGCAAACUGGUAAGAAUUACGUGGCCAGAGCAUUUUGUGUUGUGGCGGGGAACCGUUAACCUUUUCAUUGUACCCGGGGAGAUUGGUAAAUGGAAGCUUGUUGCAUCCGGCCUCGAGAUUAUUCCUUGGAA